GCCAAGAGCACCGUGGCUGCCGAUGCGGACGUCAGCCUUAAGGAGCCCCAGGUGACGGUGUCCUCGGGAACUGUCGAUGUCGACGUGACCCUGCCCAGAGCUGAGAUCCAAGCAUCCUGUUUAGAUGUUGUUGUAGAUCCUUCUUCUGGUAAAGAGGACGAGGGUAAACCAUCAGAAAAUGCUGUUGGUUACAAAGAGGAAUCUGAAAUUUCCAAGGGAAGGGUAAUAUCUGACUUGUCUGAUAGCAAUACUGAAGAACUAACUCAGAUCUCUGAUACCGAAUUUGGUGUACAGAUUCACAAGCCUUCACCUGAAGAUGUUCAUGAUGCAGCAACAUUGGAUGUCAGUCUCCCAUCAAUGGAAGUUACCAUGCCAAAAUUAGAAGUGGCACUUCAUCGUCCAGAUUUAGAGUGCAAGGCAGAACAGGAAGUAGUUUCAGGAAAGAAGGACGCUGAGGAGAAAGAAAACAAAUUUAAAACAUCAAAGUUCAAACUGCCUUCAUUUAGUUGGUCACCAAAGAAAGAAGCUAUUGCUCCUUCUGAAGCUGAGGAACAUCUGGAAGAAUCCACUUUGCCUACUUUAUCUGGAGACACAGCAUCUGAAUUAACACUUCCUACUCCUGAGAUUCAUAACCUUCAUGCAGAACUUGAUACAUCAACAGAAAAAGAUGGUGAAAAGGGCAGAAACAAGAAGUCCCAAUUUGUCAUGCCAAAGAUCUCAUUCCCUAAAAUUAAAGGUCAGAAAGUCCAGGUCUCUCUGCCUUUACUGGAAACUGAUGUCUGUGGUCCCAAACAAGAAAAAGAAGGUGCUUCAGUACAGAAAUAUGAGACAGGGGAUAGUGGAGAAGGAAUGAGUAUAAAAAUGCCAGAAGUUACAGUCACAACUCCGGAAUUUUCCAAACCAGAAGUCAAAGCUCCCAAAAGAGAGAUGGAUAUUAGUAUGCCUAUGGGUGAGGUCUUACUUCCUACAUGUGAAGAAGAUGGCAUGGCACUGAAAUCAGCUGCUGCUAAUGUGAGCCUCUCCACCUCAGAUAUUAACAUUAUAAAUGAAGGCUCCCUUGAGGUGAAGAGUCCUGACACAAGUGUGGACAGAACAUUAAGUGAAAUUGCUGUGGGCGAUGUAGGAAUAAAAAUUGAAGGUCUUGAAGGGAAAAGAAAAAUGCCUAAAUUCCAUAUGCCAAAGGUUGGAAUUACACAUUCUAAAGGAAAAGGGUCGGAAAAGGAGGUCAGCCAAUCCAAAUCAGAAGUCAAGGUUCCCCAACUAAAAACAAUGAUAGAAAUAGCUGACAUUGCUGUUGAAUCACUGAAUUUGGAGGUGGAAUGUGGUACAGGAACAGAAACUUACAGCCCUAAAGUGAAAAUGAACAAAGCUGACAAUAAGGCAUCAGAGGCUGAUGUUCACCUCCCUUCAGCUGAGAUUUCUGUUCCAAAACCAGACAGUGCUAUUCAGGAUUCAGAUGCAGCGUUAAAAAUCAAAGGGGAAAUAAAGCAAGAUGGAGAUGGAGAGGAGAAAGAAGGACAUUUCAAAAUGCCAAAAUUCAAACUUCCAUCCUUCAGUUGGUCACCGAAGAAGGAAGCAAGUGCUAAACUGGAUUCUGGAGCAAAUCUGGAAGAUGAUAAAUUUGCUGAAAUGUCAAGCAGAAUAGACACAGAAGUGAGAGGAACCACCACUGAUGAUCAAGGUACUGGACCAGAUGUUGAUCUGGAAAUAUCUGCUGGAAAAGUUGAACAAAAAAGUCCAGUUAAAAAGCCUCAAUUUGUCAUGCCUAAAAUUUCACUCUCCAAGAUCAAAGUUCCCAAAUCCCAUACUCCUUCACCAAAAGUUGAACCUGACGCUACUAUUCCUAAAACAGAAAGAAAGGGUGAUGAUUCAAUACAGAUACCUGAUAUAGAAAGAAGUCAUUCUGAAAGGACAGAAGGAGCACAAAUAAGCAUAAAACUGGCUGAAGUUAAGAUCCCCACACUGGAGUUUUCCAAAAUAGAACCUGCAGCCUCCCAAACUGAAAUGGGACUCAGGUCUGCAAAGACUGAUGUUGCUUUGCCUCCCUCAGAGGGGAGUUUUCAACAGGAUGUCCUAAAAUCGAAUUCUACUGAUGAAGAUACCAUUCAAAAAACAGGUAUUAAGUUCCCCAGAGAAGAAACUUCAACUGAACUGAGGAGCCCUGAAAUAGUAACAGAAAGAUCAUCAGUUGUGGAUGGAAGAAAGAUGAAAUUGGAAGGUCCUGAAGGGAAGAUUAAAAUGCCCAAAUUCCAGAAGCCAAAGUUUGGAAUCUCUCUAACUAAAGGGAAAGGCCAAGAGACAGAGAUCAGAACAGAAGCUGAGAUAACCCAGCUAAAAAUGGCAAACGAAAUUGCUGACAUUGCUGUGGGAGUUCCCGCAUCAGAACCUACACCUGGGAUGUCAGAAGCUGGAGUAGGCCUUUGUAAGAUAAAGACACCCCAAGUUCUGACAGCUGACAUUGAAGCUCCACAGGUAGACGGAAAAAAAGAUGAUGCUGAUAUUGAAAGUAGUACAGAAAAAGGUCCGGCAGACAUUCCCUCCACCAAAGUACAAACUGAAACAACUCUUCCUGAAAAUACCUCCUCAUUGCCACACGCAGUCGCUGAAAUUACUAUUGGAAAAGAAGGGAUUCCAAAAUUAGGAGAUUCUGUGAAGAGUUCUGAUGUUAGCUUGUCAAAGAUGGAAGGAGAUAUUUUAUUAUCCACAGAAAGGACAGAUGGUAGAGUGAAUAUUUCAAAAACUGAAACUUAUGCAGACAUAGUUAAGCGUGGUGCUGAAGGACAAAAAAUGCUUACUUCAGAACUCACAGUGUGUUCAGCAGAAUUGUCCAAAUCACACCCAAGUGCUUCAGAAAUCGACAAAGACAGCAGUUUAACAAAUAGGUUUCCUACCUGUACCCUGACUCUUGAAGAGCAUAAAGUCAAAUCACAGGAUAUAGAAGUCCCAAAGGUAGAAAGUUCUACUAAGUUAGAGACUUCAGGAGCAGGAUGUAAACCAUCAUCGGAUGAAAUUACUCUGGAUGCAACAGAAGAGAAGAUAGAUGUUAGUGUUCCAAAGGAAGAGCUAGAUAUUAAAAAUCAAGAGGCAUUGAUUAAAAAAGGAAAGAUAAAGAGUGAGAUGAAAAUUAUAGGAAAAGACAGGGAAGGAAGCCAAUUAAAAAAGCCUAUAUGUGAAUGGUCUACAGCAAAGGAAUCAGAAGAUGGUGUUUAUGUUACAGCUAAGCUGGAAGAUCUAAAGGUAGAAGAAAUGAAAAUGGAUGUUAAAAUUGCAAGAGUAGAUCCUGAAAUGAAAUUUCAAGUGAAAAGUCUUGAAAAGGACUUAUCUGCAGGGGUGGAAGUGCAAGUAGAAGACAGAGCAGAAACAAGUAAAUUUAAAACAUACAAGUUCAAGAUUCCAACGUUUGGUGUGUUGCAUUCAGAAGUGAAGGGUUUUGAAGAUGAUAUCAAUUUGCCAAAGGCAGAAGCUGAUUCAGUAUCUAAAACUGAAGUGGGCACAGCAGAAAUGCAGUUUCAAAAACCAGAAGGAUCUAUUGACCUGAAAAGUCCCGCUCCAGAUAAUACGGAAGAGUCUGCCAGAACAACAGUGGCAACAGUGGACAAAUUUCAAGGUGGACCAGAAGUAAAUAUAAGAAUUCCCAAGCUAAAAAUGCCAAGAUUCACUUUCAAAUCCCUCCCAAUUGAAGCUGAUGUUUCGGUAUCAAAAGUGGUAACAGAUCCAAAGGGAUCUAGUACUGACAUUGAAGUAGUGCAGCUGCAAGCAAGCUCUGCUAUUCCUGAAGAAACACCAGAGGCUCUAGAGAGUGGUAUUCAAAAAGCAAAAGGCAAAAUUCUAACCCUGACUGAACCUGACAUUAAAACAGCACAGAUGACUACGACCAUAGAGUCCUCUCUUUCAAAUGUGGGGCAAGACAUUCACUGGUCACAUGCAGAGGGCCAAGAAGUGAGUGAGAAAGUAGAACCUGAACACGUUGCUAUUGAAAGAUGUGAGAUUUACACUACUGAAAUACUGAAAGAAUCAGAAAUUCUCUCAUCAGAAGUCGAAACUGCUACUUUGGGAUUCUCAUUGCUCAAGGUGAAGCUGCCUGAAUCACAUAGCAACUUAGAAGUGCUGGUCCAGCAGCCAUCUCCGACAGAAGGUGUAUCAGUAAGCAAACCCAAAUGUGCUGAUGAAAGCUCUGAAGUAGCAGCACAGAGGACUGGUGGCGCUGAGCUUAAACUAUCUGACAAGCCACGCACUGAGACAGAAGAAUCUAGUGGAGAAGAAAGUUUGGCAAAGUUAAAAACAUCUGCUGUUGAAGUAAAGCUGUCCAGUAAACUUGAAGACAGCCUUUCUGAUAAGUCACCAAAGGGAAUAACUGCAGGUCCUCUCUCUAAAGAUGAGGGCGUAGCUGAAGCACUAGAAGAGGAAGAAAAAGACAUAACCAAUGAAAAAGAGAAGGCUGAUAGUAAAAGAUCUCCUGGAAGAUUCAAAUUUUGGCUUCCAAGUAUUGGCUUUACAACUUCUGGUGAUGAAACAAGCACAGAUUCAAAAACAGAAGUAAAAAAAUCAGUUCCAGAAGAUGUGAAACCUGCUGACACAUCAGAUAAUGAUUCUUCUAAGCAAACUGAAAAACCUGGAUGGUUCAGAUUUCCCAAGCUUGGUUUCACAUCUCCUUCCAAAAAGGCUAAGACUGUUGGCAAAGAAGAGGUGGGUCAUAAAGAAGGAAGAGUCUCAGAUGAAGAUAGCCCAUCAGAUAAACCGGAAAUAUUUUUUGACGCACAAGAAAGCUUAUCACCUAAAGAAACAAGAGAGGGUGAAAACGUUGAACUUGAUGGGGCUUCAUCUAAUGUUCUGGUUUCUCGAGCUAUCGUGACAUCUUCAGCAAGAACAGAACUAAUCUUGUUGGAGGAAGAAAAAGACAGCCAGUCUGAUGUUCCUGGAGAUACAACCAAAUGA